ACAGCCUGACUGAAAGCACACAGACCGCCAGCGUCAGUGCACCAUGGACAGGGCUGCAGUGGUGUCGGCCCGCAGGACUCCCUCAGUACCAGAAUGCAACAUCUCAACCUCCACCCUGGCCUUCGACCAUCACUUCACCACAACUGCCACAGGAUUACUCCUCCUGGCUGAGAUAGUGUGUGGCAUGUUGGUGUGGAUUCUGGUCGGGGGUACCGAGUACUUCCGGCUGUCUGCUCUCUGCUGGGUCAUGUUUUUUGCUGUCGUGUGUUGGGUUCUGACCGUUUGCCUGUUUAUAGUUUACCUCAUUGGAGUCCACAACAGGAUACCACAGAUCCCCUGGACAACCCUGUCACUGUGUGUGAACUGCAGUGCUGCUGCUCUGUACCUGGUGACAGCAGUGGUAGAUGCUCUCUCAGUGGACCAGGCCAUCAGGGGGCGACACAACUACAACUGCUGGGCAGCAUCGGCAGUAAGAGUGCUCCUGUUGAUACGAUGUGUGGGGGGAAAUGUUCACCCAAAGAGAAGGAUUUUGUUGUUAGCUGUUUCUUUGCAUUUCUCACCACACUCUGCUAUGCAGGAAGUAGUUACCUGAGCUACCGUGCCUGGAAAACCACAGAAGAGGGACAAUAAAAUCAAGAUAUUCUUCAGACAUUUCUCUGGCCAUCUCGACUGAGAUCUGACUGCAGACCAGCACAAGGCUUCUGUCGAAUUAAAGCUCUUAUCCUGACUAUGAUUAUGAUCUCAGCAAACUUUGUAGACUCACAGUUACUACACAUCUGUAAAGCUGAGUUCAUUGAGGCCAAAUCAGUUCAAAAACACAGACAUCAUUUUUCAGCAUGUUUGCUGGUAUAUUUUUGAGGGUGGAUGUACUGUGGUGACACAUGAAUUAACGAACAGCUGUCUACAGUUGUGCACAAAUGAAUAAAUGAAGCUCAAUAAAUCUGGGAAAAUCAA